AUGCUAUUCACAUUUUGUAUGAUAUUAAGAACAAAAAAAAAUAUUUAAAUCAGUAUCAAUUGACUGAAUAAACACUUUAUAGAAUAAUAUAUUGUUACGCUAUCUAUUAUUAUUGAUACGGAAUUACAAUCGUAGAAUAUAUCAGUACAGCAUGGAGAUUUCAAAGUGAAAUAUGGCGGUAUUUCGAAGUUUGUAGUUUCGGAAACAUAACCUCUCUAAAUUGCAACAGAGUUAAAUAUAUUUUAUUCGUAUUUUAUAUGAGAAAAAACAUUACUGAUUUAAAAUGCCUAUAGAUCACAAACGAAUUAAUGGUCCAGAAGUGUCUGUACCAUAUAAUAUUUAUAUUAAUUCUAAUUGUGAAGAAAAAUAUACUAAAAAUAAUAUAUCAGAAAGGAAGGAUGGUCGUGCGCAUAACGAACGGAGGGAAAUAUUUUUAAAAACUGGGAUAAUUAGUCAAGCAAAAGGUUCUGCAUAUAUCGAAAUGGGUGAUACUAAAGUUGUAUGCUCGGUCUUUGAUCCCAGAGAAAUUCACAAUAAAAAUGAUUACUGUACACAUGGUGAAUUAUUUUGUGAAUUCAAAUUUGCUCCAUUCUCUUGUAAAAAAAGAAAAAUACAUCAACAAGAUGCAAAUGAAAAAGAAUAUAGUUUGAUUUUGAAGAGAGCUUUGGAACCAGCGGUUUGUUUACACGAGUUUCCUAACUUUCAAGUAGAUGUUUAUACUACAGUUUUAGAUAAUGAUGGCUCAUCCUUAGCAGCUGCAAUAACUGUAGCUAGUUUAGCACUAGCUAAUGCAGGCGUUCCUAUGUUUGGUCUUGUUACUGCAUCUACUGUGGCUAUCUAUGAUGAUAUACUGCUUCUUGAUCCAACGGAUACUGAAGAAUUAUAUUGUAGUAAAAAUUCAUUAAUUUCUGGAAAUCAUGGCAUUAUGGUGCAAGCAUCUCUCCCGCAGCUUGAACAAAUUUCAGAAUUUUUCUUGGUAGGAAAUUUAAAUAUGGAACAUAUUACUAAUGCUAUAGAAGUUAUAAAACAAGCUAAUAAAGAUAUAUGUCCAUUAUUACAACAAUGCCUCGUUAAAUCAGUUUUUAAAGUAUUCAAAGAAAAAGAGCGUAAAAAAAAAGAUAUUAAAUAGAAUACUUAUUUAUAACAAAUUUAUUAAACUAAAAAUCAAAUAAUUAAAUAUAUUUUAAACAUAGACUUUUAUAUUUUAUAUCUAGAUAAUUACUUCGUAAUUAAACAAAUAAUUAUAAGAAAAAAUAAUACAGCUAUCCCACUGAAUCAGUUUAUUUUAUCUUUACAUUCAUAUAGGAUAUAAUUACUAAUAAUCUCUCAUAUUUCUGUUUUUAUACUAUUUAUAUAACACCCAGAUAACUGAUUUUUGAAAUUAUGUUUUUUAGAUAUCCCAUUUUGUAGAUAUUCCUACCUUAGAACAGUACACUAAAAAAAGUUUAAUUUAAAUAUAAAAUAUAAUAUAUAAACACACAUUAUCUACUCAUUUGCAUCUCUCUCUAGUAGAAGUACAUUAGAGGCCAUCAUAAUAAAUUCAGGCCAUAAAAGUGUAUUUAUAAAUUUUAACAA